UUUUCUGACUUGUGGUCUUUAAAUAUCUCUUUCCUCUUUUCCUAAUCUGAAUACUUCAUAUUCUUCCUUCGAUUCGAAAAAGGGUUGUGUGUUUUUUGCUUUCAGGGUCUUGAAAGUCUGUUAGUUACAUCUAAUCCUAAUCGUUGAUCUUUUCCCCGGGAAAUCGUGUCUUUUAAAUAAUAUUUGGACCUUCGAGUGAUUUUCAAAGAUCUUGCGUUUUAAAUCUCAACCUCCGUGAUUCUUAAUCGCGUUUUUUACCUUUAUCCUCUUUGUUUUGUUUUUUUCUUUAACCUUUUUAUCCUCUUUGUUUUUUGCACCUUAGAUUUUUUUUUUUUGUUUCGUGUGUGUGUGUGUUACGGCUUUAUCGGUGUAAGAAAAGGACUUAGCAGUUGAAGUGUUGGUUGGGUUUUAGGUUUUCAAACUCACGAGAAAACUUUUGGUUUCUUGUUGAUCACACAAGAAAGUGUUUUCUCCUUCUCGUGACUUCUUCGCCUAAAUUAUUUUCUCCUUGUUUAAAAACCCAAGAAAGCAGUGGAGGAGAGAAAAGAAAGAAUAAAUAUCAAAGUCUCUCUUUUUUUGUUUGCUUAUUACAAUGGAACCAUCUGGAGUCAGUAAUGAGAAGAGACCCACCGUUGACUUGAUCAAGGAUAAAAAUGGAACCGAUCAGAUUCUUCUCCAGAAUCCUAAAGGCGCUUCUGUAAAGAUAAGUUUACAUGGAGGACAAGUUAUUUCUUGGAAGACUGACAAGGGCGAUGAAUUGUUAUUCACCAGCGCCAAGGCUAACUCGAAGCCUCCCCAUCCGGUACGUGGAGGAAUCCCUAUAUGCUUUCCUCAGUUUGGCACUCGAGGGUCGCUUGAGCAACACGGUUUUGCAAGAAACAAGAUGUGGCUUGUGGAAGAGAAUCCACCUGCUUUACCUUCAUUCGACUCAACUAACAAAGCCUAUAUCGACUUGCUUUGAGUUUCACUUAAGAGUUUCAUUGGCACUAGAUGGAAACCUAACCCUGAUAUCUCGAGUCAGAAACAUCAACUCAAAGCCUUUUAGCUUUUCCAUUGCUUACCACACUUACUUCUCCAUUUCCGACAUCAGUGAAGUUAGAGUUGAAGGGCUGGAAACUCUUGACUAUCUUGAUAACUUGUUUGAAAAGGAGCGGUUUACUGAGCAAGGCGAUACACUAACCUUUGAAUCCGAGAUCGAUAGAGUGUACUUGAACUCUAGAGACGUGGUUGCCGUUUUCGACCAUGAGAAAAAACGUACAUUCCUCAUCAAGAAAGAAGGUCUACCAGAUGUUGUGGUGUGGAAUCCAUGGGACAAGAAAGCUAAAGCGUUGACUGAUUUGGGAGAUGAAGAGUAUAAACAUAUGCUUUGUGUUGACGGAGCAGCUAUUGAGAAACCAAUCAACUUGAAACCGGGUGAAGAAUGGACCGGGAAAUUAAAUCUCUCGCUUGUCCUUUCCACUUGAAAAAUCGGUACCGGUUAUCUUUAAACCGAUUAAUUCAUCCAUCAUAUCUUUUGGUUUAUUAUUCUUUACAGUAUAGUCUAUAGAAGAACAUCACAGUGUGUGUGAUUCUUCGGUAUCAAAUCCUUAAUAUUAAAAGAAAACCUGAGAUUUGAAAAUGUCACGCGUUUUUUUUGGCAGUGACAAGAUCCUGGUUUUGUGCGAGAUUUAACUUGUGUAUGAAGAUAAGAUACUAUAUGAACUUGUGCACCGGUUCAUCAUAUUAUUUAAAGCUUUCUUGUUCUCAUGGUUAACAGUUCUUGAAUAAAUAGUUUCUAAAACCAUAAAGUUUUUUUA